AUGCUCAUCGGUGGCACGUUGAAGGACAAGAAGCAACUUGGUGCCCUCGCCAAAUUAGCCAGGACGUCGGGCCGUCUCUGCUCUUUUUACGAGCAGCAACUUUACAAAGGAAAGAACUGCAGCAACAUGAUACGCGCUUUUAUGUGGGGAGCGAGUAUGGGUUCUAUUCCUGUCAUGAAAACCGCAAACGGAUGGGGCGCAGACCUCGACACCCGGACCGAUCUUGACUGCCACAGCCCUUACGCUCCUUGCCGCAACACGAAGGGUACAGCAUUACAGUUGACCAUCAGAGUAAAGCAGAACGACGCCAUGCAGUGGCUAUUGAAGCAGGGCGUUCUAGUGGAUGUGCCUAAUAAGCCGGCCCGCAACAUGUGCCAGUGCGAUGGGGGCUGGGACAGACGUGAGAUCUGGGCUUCCACUCUUCACAUCGCUAUUUGCACUGGAAAUCUGAACGCGGUCAAGUCACUACUCCGGGUUUGGCGCGAAGGAGUAGCGGCGUUGGAGUACUCUCAAAAGUUCGACCAUGAUCUCAUCUUGCACACGGCA